GGCUGUGAGUUCCUCAGAACCAGUACUGAUUGGAGCUGCCCUCAGGGAAGCUGAGCUGGAUAGACAUGAGCUCACUGUUCCUCCUCUUGCUUAACAGACCUUAACCCGAAGUCUGACCACUUUCUGUUGCAAUCCUCCUAUGUCCCAGCUGGAGAGAAUCCGGGGCUGGAACCACUGCAUGUUGAUGGUUUUGUUUUCUCUUUGCGCUGUUCGCAAUGUUGUCUUUAAGGGAACCGGAUACAACAGCAGCUGUUUUCUUGGUCAUCUUUGCCUGAGGAGCUGCAUCAAGCCUGGAGCUUUAUUCACAGUGACAGCCCCUAAGGAACUAUACAGGGUAGACCGCAGCAGCCAUGUGGCCCUGGAGCGUGAUUUUGACACUGGAGAUCACGUGGUACUUGAAGCAAUAAAAGCCAGUUGCAAAAGGUGGAAAAUGAGACUGUCCUCCAGCAGGGAAAGAGCUACUUUGUUGGAGGAGCAGCUGCCGGGGAAGGCGCUGUUCCACAUCCCCCGAGUCCGAGUCCAAAUGAAGGGUGACGGGCAGUAUCGCUGCCUCAUUGUUUGCAGCAUCUCCUGAUACUACAGGUACCUGACUCUGAAAGUCAAGGGCGUUAAGUACAGAGCUCUACAGGAAUCAGGAAAGAAAGCCUUUCUCUUCUUUUUGUGUUCCAGCUUCUUCCAAGAAAAUAGAUGCGUCAUAAAGUUCCUGGAGACAAAUGAGGUGGCACUCACGCACCAGGCUGGAGGUUAUGCCCUGGCAGAAGUGGCCGGGUUGAAUGAGUAUUGCUACCAGCACCAGUCGCAAGGCCACCACAAAAUACCAAACACCAAAGUUAAAGGAAAGGUUUUUUGUCGGGUCACUAGCGUUCUGCAUCUGAAACCUGGCAGAAACUCCAGCUGUGUGUUCUGGAAUGCAGGCAUGAAGGAACUUACUUUAGCCACCACUGACCCUUCAAGUAAGAGCAACCUCCCUCUCCCCAGCUCUGGAGAGCAGAGGGUAGGCUGGAAAAAGAUGCCACACUCUCAUAAAGCACCUGAAGAGUGUAUAGUAAAAGGGCUGCUUGGGAGGUGUAAUCAGAAUAUGGAGGAACUACCAAAGGGAGUGAGACACUGGGGUGUAAACACUGGGGGAGAAGUUUCCAGCAUUAGAGAGGUUCCUGCCUGCGCCGCGGCUCACUAGGCUAAUCCUCCGCCUUGCGGCGCUGGCACACUGGGUUCUAGUCCCGGUCGGGGCGCCGGAUUCUGUCCCGGUUGCCCCUCUUCCAGGCCAGCUCUCUGCUGUGGCCCGGAAGUGCAGUGGAGGAUGGCCCAAGUGCUUGGGCGCUGCACCCCUUGGGAGACCAGGAUAAGCCUAGCUCCUGCCAUCGGAUCAGCGCGGUGCACCGGCUGCAGCGCGCCGGCUGCGGCAGCCAUUAGAGGGUGAACCAAUGGCAAAGGAAGACCUUUCUCUCUGUCUCUCACACUGUCCACUCUGCCUGUAAAAAAAAAAAAAAAAAGAGAGAGGUUCCUGGACUAGUCCAGGAGAGCAACAGUAGGGAAAGCACAGGGCCGGCACUGGCAUAGGGGGUAAAGCUGCCUCCUGUGGUGCUGGCUUCCCAUAUGGGCGCCUGUUCUGGUCCUGACUGCUCCACUUCCGAUCCAGCUCUGUGCUAUGGCCUGGGAAAGCAGUGGAGGAUGGCCCUCUGUGUGGGAGACCCAGAAGAGGCUCCUGGCUCCUGGCUUCAGAUCAGCACAGCUCCAGCCCUGCGGCCAACUGAGGAGUGAACCAGCAGAUGGAAGACCUUUCUCUCUCUCUGUGUAACUCUGACUUUCAAAUAAAUGAAUAAAUAAACCUUAAAAAAGAAAAGAAAAGAAAGCACCCUUAAGAGCUGUGGUCCUAGCUGCUGACUGCAGCAACUGCAAAGCCUGGAAGCUGAGUGAGCCCCCAACUACAUCCCCUUACCACCCUUUAAUCUCCAAGAUGCCUCUUCUUGGCUGAACCCAGCUGGAAGUCAGAGAGCAAGGGAGUCCACUGAAGCAUAAAGGUUGAAUUGUCAGGGCUCAGAGUGGAGUGCUGAAGUGUGGAGAAUGGAUCUGGAGAAGCAGGAAAUUUCCAGCAAAAGAGCCAAUCUUGGUGAUUCAUGAACAGCGCCUCAGUCAGGGUGCACAUUAGUUUGCUUGCUUUGCUACCGUUGACUGCUUAUGGGGUACUGCCAGGAAAGCUUGUAUCACAGAAUCCUUCAAAGUGCUGAUGGAUAUCUUUGGACGUGGAUUUCGUACUUAUGGAAUUCAUACACCAUCCAAAUUUAAAACAGUGUCAGGAGACUGAUAACUUUUUAUUUGCCAAGUAAAAAUAGUUAUCACAUAGCAUCAAAAUCAUUUCCUAAGAGACAGGUAAUUUUAUCACCAAGUAUAUGUUUCCUAUUACCUUUCUAUCAUACUAUCACAAACUUCAUGGUUAAAGACAACACAGCUUUACUGUCUUACACUUCUGGAGGUAAGGAGUCCACCUUGGAUUUCGCUGGGCUCAAAUCAAGGAUUGGCAGGUGUGGCGAGGCUCUGGGUGAUUCCACUGUUGUGUCUCUUCCAGCUUCUUGAAGCCACCUGAAUUCCUUGGCUCAUGGCCCCUUCCUCCUUCAAAUCAGCAAUCAUACCACUCAACCCUCUGGUUCUGUUGGCACAUCUUUCUCUAACCCUCUGCCUCCCUCUUCCACCUUUUAAGUACCGCUGUUACUAUUCUAGAUGCCCCCCUGGGUAAGUCAGGGUAAUAUUCCCAUUGGAAGGUCCCUAAUGGAAGCUGUCAGCAAAACUCCUUUUGCUGUGUAAAGGUAAGGAGGCACAGGUUCUAGGGCACAGGUCAUGGAGAUCUCCAAGGAGUGUCACUAUUCUGCUUGCUCUUUCAAGAAAGGAUAUGAUCUCAGAAUAAGCACAAUCCCUAGUACUGAUUACAUUUGGCCUUGUAGAACAUUCAAGCUGUUGUCUUAUAUUUCACGUUUUCUCCUUUGUCUUAGCAAAGCAAGACAGAGCUUGUGAUAGGACCUGUGUGGCCUGCAGGUAAAUAGGUGGUGACCCCAGGAAACAGAAGUGACAGACAGGAGAGCAAGACAAGAAAAAGGGGCAGGCAUUUAGCCUAGAGGUUAAGACACCAAUUAAGCUGCCCCCUCCCACAUCAAAGUACCUGGCUUCAGUUCUCAGCUCUGACGAAUGAUCCAGCUUCUGGUGAUGCAGAUUCGGGGAGGCAAAGGUAAGGGCUCAAGCAAUUAUGGGAGAUCUUGGUUGUGCUCCUAGCUACUUGGGGAGUGAACAAGCAGAUAGGAGUGGAGUCUCUCUCUCUCUCUCUCUCUGCAUGUGUGUCUGCCUCUCCAAUAAACUUUUAAAGUAUAAGGUACUUCAAAUCUUUGUAAAAAAUGAAAUUAAAAAUAAGUGUGUUUGGUACCAGACAUUCUGAAGCCCAUGCAUACAAAGGGUCUUCAAAAACCUCAUGGAAAAGUGCACAUGAUGAAAAAAACUACGCAUGGGUCUCAUAGAUUUUUCUCACCUUUUGAAGUACCCUCAUAGAAGAGCGCAUUAGCAAAGUUGCUGAUAUAAGCUGACAGAAUAUCAGUUGGAGCAUCAGAUUAAGGGAGAAUUUUUCAUGAAUUGAUGCUAAUCCUUAGACCAGACUCAGAAAAUUUGAAGUCAUCAAAUACCCAUCUCUUCAUUACUUUCCUAAUAGUUUCUUCUGGAAAAAAAAUCCUCCCUGAUACAGUUUUCAGAGGCAGCCAGCUGUGUUGCUGUCCAUCCCGCUUCCUGUCUCUCCACCUACUCAUACUUCCCAACCCAAUGUCAACACUGAAGUUAGGCCAACUUCUUUCUAAUUGAAUUAUUAUGAUGCAGCAAGGAAAUAAAGAGAAGUCAUGCUGGAGAGCUUGAUAAAACAUUAGAAACAUACAAUUUUAGGGCAAAGAGCACAUUUGGCAUGUUGGUGUUUCAAAGUUGUCUCUGCCCCCUUUAAUCAUAACUAAGACCACCAGACUUGUCCCUCAUGAAAAAUGAGCUAUAACUAAUUCAUACUAAGGCUUCAGAGGCUUAAACAGUAUCAAUCCCAGGGGACUUUGUUUUUCCUUGGAAUUGUUUACUCAACUGUCCUUUGUCUCAUGGACUUUCCUGUGUAGGCUAAAUUUAGCCAUCGUAGCCUGGAGCUUUGGGUGAGAUGUGGCUAUCUGCAAGGACGCUUACAUAAGAGCCUCUGUGGAGAAAUAGGGACCUGCACUAAGAGGCAUCCGGAAGUAACUGGGAUCCACCCUUUGCUCUCCGGUCCUGUCAGUGCUUUUUCCUGCGUGAUGAAGUGUGUGGGUGAAUGACUGUAGAAUGACCACUUCUCUGGAAGCCUUAUGCUAUGAAAAGUUGAGAAUGGAGGGAAUUGGUGCCUCUCUUUGCGGGAGCCAACGUGGCUGACAAAGAGUCAACAGCCAUGAGGAGGCCUAUGAGGUCUGCUCAUGAUGGAGGCCAGCAGGGAUAUGGGAAAUCUCUGUGCUCUUAAAGAUUCUCAGCUUGGUUUUACACAUCUUUCCCAGCUUUGUUCAUCCUACUGUUCCCUGACUCGGCUCCUCUGCCCGGUGCAGCGCCUCUUCCCCAUACAUCCUCCAUGGACUGGCUUGCUCCUUUCCUGCCUCUGUGCCACCUUUGCUGUUUCUUCUGUGUGGAAUACCAGCUCCAAGCCCACCCUCCCUGCAGGGCCACUCAGGCAUCCCCAGGGCACAAUGGGUUUACCCCUCAUCUUGCCUCUUUGGAACUGUUACUUGUGUCAUUUGCUUGGUGACCUUGCGACUAUGCUUGUCCCUUUUCAUCUAUCACUGUUGUAUUUUCAUUGUUCUUGUGAGUCUUUAUAUCCAGACUAAAGCCAAAGCAGAGCUCUCUGCCUAUAAGUGCUCGAUAAAUGUCAAAUUGAUAUUAGUCAAAGGACAAUUCCAGUCCCAUCAUCUCAGCCAUCCGUGGGCAGCCAGACCCAAGCAGUCAAAUGGUAUCCUGGUUUGCAGCAUAAAUACCAACAACAAAAUAACCAGAGUCACACAUACUCCCACAAGUUCCUGCGUCUGUGCUCAAAGGCAUUUUCAAGUUAUGACUGUUCCCUUUCUACUCAUUCUCAUAAAUUGAGCUGCCCACUGCUGACUGCUGUGACCCACCACAGGUUUCUCUGGAAGUCAGUGGAUCAACAAAAGCGCAGAGCGCUGAGGGCUUGGGAGACGUUCUGGCAAUGCUAGAAUGGAUCACUGGACAGCCUAGGUUUCAGUCAGAAGUUAGGGAGAACUGAGAUCAUUUUCCUUCUAAAGAACUCUACUCUGUUCCUGUUGCUACAUUUUCAUUAGGAAAGACAGGGGAACUGGAGCCCGGAAAUAAUUUUUAAGAGGAUCUUGUGGGGCCAGCAAAGAAUGGAAGCUCUCCUAGGUACUGGUAAAGAGCAUGGCUCUGAAGUCAGACAGACUUGGAGUUCAAGUCCUUUCUCUGCUGCCUACCAGUUCUCAGAGCUGCCUAGCCAUCCUUAGAGUCAUUCUCCAGGUGUAGAGUGAGGGUAAAUAAUGGUAGAUCUCUUACAGGAUUACUGUGGUGUUUAAAUAAAAUGUGCGUGCACAGUGCUUAGCACUCAGAAAGGGGAGGAACAUGGGAGAAAUGUGGUGCCCCAAGCAAGAGGUGUGGCUUCCUAUGAGCACACAGGGCUGUCUAGGGCUGAGACAAGUAUCUUGGCAGUUUCCUCAUCGUAUAAUGGUUGAGGAGCGUGUGGUUAUUAUAUAACUGUUGAGAAGAAUAUGUACUAAGAUACAGGCUCAGCUCCCAUAAUGAAGGGACCCAAAAAUAUAGUGACUCAAACAAUUGGGAAGUCUUCUUCUCUCCAGGUAAUCUGCCAAGAGAGAAGAUGGUGCAGCGCAGCUAAGUAGCUGUAUCCAGUGACCCAGCUUCUUACGUCCUUACUGCUCUGUGAAACCCCAGGAUGUUGUCACCAUUGAACUGGAAAAGCUGGGUCACUGAAAAGUCCAUGUGUCAGCCCCCAGAAAGGCAAAAGAGUGGUGCAGACACGUCCAGUGUCUUAAAGCCAAGACCCAUUCUCCUGACCCGAACUUAUCUUCCAUGGCUGGCCACACAUCACUUGCAGGAGAGGCUUGGGAUGCGCUCUCUGCUAAUACCCUAAUAACAAAGAAGGAAGGGUGAGCGUAUGAAAGGGGUAACCAGCACUCUGCCACUGCCGUGAGGUAGCUAACUGCAAGGAGGAUCAAGCUAAGUGGACUACAUAAACAGUCCAGCCCCACAGCCCUUCUUGGCAUCCACAUAGCAGGUGCUUGGCUAUAGCGCAGCCGGAGAUGACUCAUAGAGAACCUUUGCUCCCUGAACACUUGUCAUCUGGGCAGAUUGGUGUCCUGCUGGAUGUUCAACUUUGGAAGGUCUUCAGUGACACGUGGAGCUUCUGUAUGCAGAAGGGGCUUUAAAGGAACCUGCACAGGACAAGGGGACAGCGAGAGGCCUAGUUCUCCUUGGCUCCUAGUGCUGCAUGCAGUAAGCACUUAGAACUACGUGGAAGUAAAGGAGCAUGUUGUAACCAACACAGCUUAUCCAAUGUGUCAGCCUGCUUCCAUAUCUUUUUCUUCUUUAGUGUUCACUGCACUCUUCUGGGGAGCCUGAGCUA